UUUUAACUAAUCCCAUCAACAGUAGUGUGGCAUUAUACAUGCUUGAACACACAGGUGGUGCUUACUGCUAAAUGAGUCUUGAAAAACUGCAGAGGUCUCCACACUCGGGUUGGUGUUCAUAUUGUCUUUAUCAUUAAGAUCUCCUUUUCCUCAUUGUUUACCUAAAUGGAAAACAUGUAGUAUGAGAGAUCUGUGGAGAAAUUUGAUUAAUGUGUGUGUAAAAUUGUGUAUUAAAUCUGAUAUUUAUAUUAAAAUGGUUACAGGGUGUGGAUUAACCAGUGAAAAACAAGUGAGGAGGCUCUGAUAUCUAACUAAAGGUCCUGUUGAAUGAAGAAGCCAUCUGGGAAGCCUAUAUAAACCCAUCUAAUGUUUAUAGCCUCACACUCAUUCUUUGUGAUGCCCUGUGAGCCUCCUGCUGUGAACUGGAAGGAGUCUUCACCUUGACAGGGGUCGCCACAAAGAAACGGCAAGAUGUCUGAAAAAAAGAUGACAUCCAGUCGUAGGAACCAUUUGAAGAGCUUGUUGCUCCAGAUUGCUCAUGGACUUUUAGAGGAAGAGGCGGCUGAGGCCGAACAGGAAAGAGAGAGAUACAUGGAGGAGAACUGCCCUGCACUUUCACUGCCUGGAAGCAUGCAAGAAUUACAGGAACUGUGUAAGAAGAUGCACCAUCUGAUUGAUGUCGUUGAUGAACAAAGAUACGAUAUGGAGAGCAAAGUGGUCAAAUCAAACAAGGAGAUUGAGGAUCUGAAGAUCAAGGUUCAGGACCUGAAAGGUAAAUUCAAGAAGCCUGUUUUGAAGAAAGUGCGUAUGUCUGCUGAUGCCAUGCUGCAGGCGUUGCUGGGCUCUAAGCACAAAGUGUCCCUGGACCUGAGAGCCAACCUGAAACAGGUCAAGAAAGAGGUCAAGGAGGAGGAGAAGGAGGCGGUGGGAGAUUGGCGUAAGAACAUUGAGGAUAAGGCUGGUAUGGAUGGCAGGAAGAAGAUGUUUGAGUCCGAGGCCUAAAGCAUUUCUUUCCUCAACAAUUUUAAAUUUCUGUUUAGUGAUGUAUACAGUUAGAUUGUCUUAAUGCUUGUGGUCUUCAGAGUUUUGAUAGGUAUAAGGUGUAUACAGAAGGUUUGUAUGAGGGGGGUUUGAUGUAAGGGUUGAAAAGGGUUAAAAUUUAAAACAGUAUUAUUGUAAAAAAAAAAAGAUUUCACUAAUAAACCCCCAUGUGAGUCAAAGUGUUUUUUUUUAUAAACAUUUGCCCCAAUGUCACAUGUAUGAAAGAAAGAAAGAAAGAAAGAAAGAAAGAAAGAAAGAAAGAAAGAAAGAAAGAAAGAAAGAAAGAAAGAAAGAAAGAAAGAAAGAAAGAAAGAAAGAAAGAAAGAAAGAAAGAAAUUACUAGUUUCAGUCUUAUUCACUGGUUACUAAGCAAUUUUCUAAAUAAAGUCAACAAGGUGCUUUAAAGGGAAAGUUCACCCAAAAAUAAAAAUCAUUUUCUAACC